ACCUCCCCCUCCCCUCCCCUCACUCCCCUUCCCCUUCCCCACCCCGCCCCGCCGGGAAAACGCGAGCCGUCGCCGCGCUCCCCAAAUCGCUGCCUGCCCUCGGCCAACCGUUCCCAGCGGCCGCCCGCGCGCGGCUCCCGGGCCCCCUCGCUCCUCCCCUCAGGCCCCUGCGAGCGCCGGGGGGGGGUGCCUUCCUCCCCGCGGCUUCGCACUUUCCCACCUCGCAGGCACGCCGGUGGGCUGUGCCGCCAUGCCCCAGCCACAGGCUGCUCACGGGCCUAGGCGCGGCGGCCCGAGAUAGGGUCCCCUGAGCCUCCCGGGGGAGGAGAGGGAGCGAGCCGCGCGCUCCGCCCCCUCCCCCCGGGCUGUCGCCGCCGCCGCCACUGCCACCUCGCAGCCUCAGCCUGGCGGGGAGGAGGAGGAGGAGGAGGAGCAGCAGGCCUCCGGGCCCCGGCACCGCCGCCCGCAGAAUCUCUUGGCAUGUCUGGAAAGUUCUUCAUAAUCUCAUGGAGAAGAGACUCUGCCUUGUGAAGCCACUUCAUCGCUUUUGGGGAUCCCUGACAUUUCUGAUUCAUUUGCAUCUUUGAAGAGCAUCUGUAGAAGAGGAAGGAAAAGAUGGGUGUGAAAACAUUUACUCAUAGCUCCUCUUCCCACAGCCAGGAAAUGCUUGGAAAGCUAAACAUGCUGCGAAAUGAUGGACAUUUCUGUGAUAUCACUAUUCGUGUCCAGGACAAAAUCUUCCGGGCACAUAAGGUAGUCCUAGCAGCUUGCAGUGAUUUCUUUCGCACCAAACUUGUAGGCCAAGCAGAGGAUGAGAACAAGAAUGUGUUGGACCUGCACCAUGUCACAGUGACUGGCUUUAUACCCCUCUUAGAAUACGCUUACACAGCCACUCUGUCAAUUAAUACAGAAAAUAUUAUUGAUGUCCUAGCUGCAGCUAGCUAUAUGCAAAUGUUUAGUGUUGCCAGCACCUGCUCAGAGUUCAUGAAAUCAAGCAUUUUAUGGAAUACACCCAACAGCCAACCAGAAAAGGGUCUAGAUGCUGGACAAGAAAAUAAUUCUAACUGCAAUUUUACUUCUCGAGACGGAAGCAUUUCUCCAGUGUCUUCAGAGUGCAGUGUGGUAGAAAGAGCCAUUCCUGUCUGCCGAGAAUCCCGGAGAAAGCGCAAAAGCUACAUUGUUAUGUCUCCUGAAAGUCCUGUAAAGUGUAGCACACAAACAAGUUCACCCCAGGUAUUGAAUUCUUCAACUUCCUACUCAGAAAAUAGAAAUCAGCCAGUUGACUCUUCUUUAGCUUUUCCCUGGACUUUUCCUUUUGGAAUUGAUCGAAGGAUUCAGCCUGAGAAGGUUAAGCAGGCAGAAAGUACACGGACUUUAGAAUUACCUGGCCCAUCUGAGACAGGUAGAAGAAUUGCUGAUUAUGUGACUUGUGAAAGCACAAAAACUACCUUGCCUCUGGGUACAGAAGAAGAUGUCCGGGUCAAAGUAGAAAGGUUAAGUGAUGAGGAGGUCCAUGAGGAAGUGUCCCAGCCUGUCAGUGCAUCUCAGAGUUCGCUGAGUGAUCAGCAGACGGUGCCAGGAAGCGAGCAAGUCCAAGAGGACCUUCUGAUCAGUCCGCAGUCUUCCUCCAUAGGCUCAGUAGACGAAGGUGUCACCGAGGGAUUACCCACACUUCAGAGCACUUCUAGCACUAAUGCUCAUGCAGAUGAUGAUGACCGAUUGGAAAGCAUUCAGUAUCCCUACCAACUCUACAUUGCUCCUUCUACCAGCAGUACGGAACGACCCAGUCCCAACGGUCCAGACAGACCUUUUCAGUGUCCAACCUGUGGGGUGCGAUUCACCCGUAUUCAGAACCUAAAACAGCACAUGCUUAUCCACUCAGGAAUUAAACCAUUUCAGUGUGACCGCUGUGGGAAAAAGUUCACCAGGGCUUACUCGCUAAAGAUGCAUCGCCUAAAGCAUGAAGGUAAACGCUGUUUCCGGUGCCAGAUAUGUAGUGCCACUUUCACUUCCUUCGGGGAAUAUAAACACCACAUGAGGGUUUCCCGGCACAUUAUCCGCAAGCCUCGGAUUUACGAGUGCAAAACAUGUGGCGCCAUGUUCACCAACUCUGGAAAUUUAAUCGUGCACCUGAGGAGUCUGAACCAUGAAGCAUCAGAGCUAGCAAACUACUUCCAGAGCAGUGAUUUCCUAGUACCGGACUACUUAAACCAGGAGCAAGAAGAGACCCUUGUUCAGUAUGAUCUUGGAGAACACGGUUUUGAAAGCAGCUCCUCUGUUCAAAUGCCUGUAAUUUCACAGGUCUCCUCGACCCAGAAUUGUGAAAGCACUUUUCCCUUGGGGUCUCUCGGUGGGCUAACAGAGAAAGAGGAAGAAGUACCAGAGCAGCCAAAGACCAGUGCUUGUGCUGAGGCGACCAGAGAUGACCCCCCAAAGUCAGAGCUGUCUUCUCUAACUAUCGAGUAAUUUUGUGGUUUGGCUUCAUUUUUCGUUUUUGGAAAGUGCCUGUGCUUGGUCUUGUACGUUUAAAUUUUUAAAGAAAAAAAGGGUUUAGGAAAGAAUUUCCCUUUUGCUUUCUAAGCCCUGAAACUGAAGUUUUAUUUUUCAUAACUGAGAGAUUACUUCUUGUAAGUACACAGUAACAGAAUGGUGAAAUAUAAUAGAAACUAUGAGACUUAAAGAGAACCAGUUGAACAUAUACCAGUUUUUUUCUUCCAUUGUUAAAAGUAGGCUAACAAUGGACCAUUAGAUAGAGAAGAAAUCAGAUUAUUGACCUUCCUGAGAUGAAUGGGUACUCAAGAAACAGAAAAAACAGAAUUUGGCAAAUGGCCUGAGUAGAUAUUUACUACUAUACACAGGAUGUUACACAAUAUUUUGUUGAACCUGUUUUUGGAAAUAUUUAUGGUAAGCUUUCUUAAAAAUUUCUAGGACAGAUACUUCUGAAAUACAGCUACUCUUUAAAGUUUUGUCAUAUCUGUUAAGAUUUUUCAUGGUGAAAGUUUGGUAUGGCUUCUCCGUACCUUCCUAGUACCACUCCAAAGGCCAAGAAGCAUGAUUGAGAACAGUCAGGCUGGAUGAAACGACCAGGAACGGAGAAUGGAGUAUGUAAACCCCAGCCUCACAGAAACUCUUAAUACUGCUUUUCUGGCUAAAAUUGGCGUUUACCUGGUCUUUGAAUGUUAAUGCCUGACUAUGUCAUUGUACAAAUCCGUUUCCCCUUGCCCCAUCACCAAUAUGUUUUCUUGCAAAUGCUGGUGUGCUACCAUAUAAAGGAAAAAUACUGGAGAGUCUAUAUUUUAUAUAUAGGUUUAUGUAUUGUUGGGGAUGUUUUUAUUGUGCUGUUUUGGAUAAAAUAAAGAAUUCUCUGUUGAGGCUACAUUCUUAACCCAAGUAAGAUUGUUUACAAAAUCCCAUAUGACAGUGAUAUGUUGUACUUGUUCCAAAAUAUUUUUAGACACUGCUAAGUUUAUUAAAAGCAGUUAUUAUAGUUUUUACACAAUGUAAGCAAUAAUGUAAAAGAUUAGAAGAGGCUAUGAAAUGAUCAUCUAUAAUUCAUAAAUCUGUUUGGGAAAUAAAAUUGCUAAGACUAAUGAAAAACAAAAAACUUUAAAUUAUCACCUUUUCUGCUGCUAAAAAUAUGAAACUUUGUGGUUUACACCUUCAGACUUGGGUAUACUUUUCAUCUGGUGCCAUUAAAACAUCUCUGACCUUGAUCUUAAAUAUUCAUGAGUCCAUGAAUAAUGAACUUGUGAGAAACUUUUUUUUAAUGGAAAUACGCAAAGUGUAAUAAUUAUGAAAACUUGAUUGGAUUAGAAAAGAGAAACAGAAUAAGGUUCUUUAGUAAAACGUAAAGUCUGAAUUUUGUUUGGGUGCUAGAUCUUAAUAUAUUUUUUAAAUUAAAGUGAUUGUUUCCUUUUUAAAAAUUGGCUAAUUUUGUAAUUUCUUUUUUCCCCUCAUAAAUGUAAGGAAAGGGAAAGUAAACUCAGUAGGACAUUUCUAGGUUAAGGGUCUUUCUGCCUCUGUCCAUAUUCUGCUGUCCUUAACUUAUUUCUAACUCUUUAUUUCAUUUGUGAACCUGUUUUUUACCCGUUUGCUCCCAAACACAGGUUUGUUACUUUCCAGAAACAGCAAGUACAGAUUAUCAUGGGCUUCCACCAUCAACUGAUAGGGUUGAAUUAUUUUCUGCAACAGACACGUGAUACUUUUUUACAGUACUGGUGUGUCUCAACUGGAAAGGUCAGGAAUUCUUCUUUUAAUGUUAUGUAUUAAUACAGACUUCAAAAACUAUUAUGCUGGGCGGUGCCUGUGGCUCAGUGAGUAGGGUGCUGGCCCCAUAUACCAAGGAAAGCAGGUUCAAACCUGGCCCCUACCAAACCACAACAAAAAAAUAGCUGGGCGUUGUGUUGGGCACCUGUGGUUCCAGCUACUCAGGAGACGGAGGCAAGAGAAUUACCUAAGCUCAAGAGCUGGAGGUUGCUGUGAGCUGUGACGUCACAGCACUCUACCAAGGGCAACAGACUGAGAUUCUGUCUCUUAAAAAAAAAAAUUACUAUGCUUACCAAUAGGUAAAUUUCAAAAUUCGUUUUAAAAUCCUACAUUGGCAAAACAAAGAGUAGGUAAAAUUAUGACCAGGAAUCAUUGUUCCCCUUAGUUUCAAGAGUUUUUUGUUUGUUUUUUUUUCCUUUUUAAAGAGCAGGAUAUAAGAAAAAAAAGGAAAGAAAUAGAAAUGAAUGUGUAAGAAUUGUUUAUAGGUGUAUUGGUUGGAAGUGUUUUUAGCACAUCCCCCGUCUUGAACUCCACAUUACGAGAGCCCUGCGCAGUUGGCAGCUCAGAAGUAUUCUGUGUUCUCAGAAUGAGCACCCAUCACUGGGUUUUCUUUUCCAAAUGGAUUGCUGAUUACAAAUUGCACAAACUUCCAAGUUCUAUGGAAAAUUUGAAUAUACUGUGAAAAUACAUAAUGUCUACUUCCCAAAUGUUAUUAAUGUAGGUAGGUAACCGGUGUUUAAAACAGAAUGAUAGAAACUAAGGCCUUUUUUCUGCUUCACUGAGGCUCUACAUUUUUCUUGAUACUUGGUUUAAGGACAUUUAGUUUAUGGGUCUGUUUUAGCAAAUAAAGCUGCAAGGGAUAAUUAUAUAUAUAGUAAUGUUUUAGAUUUAUUUAAAAUUCAUGUAAGAGAAGGAAGCUUAGAUGUAUUUUACCAGAACAUACGGCAGAAUUGCAAAAAGAUGAAAGAUGGUUAUAUUGUCCCAUCCAUUAGAAGUUAACAGUAUACGUAAACAUAAAAUAUUCCAGUUUAGAUUAUUAAGCAUAGCUAUCUUUCUUAAGGCCCAAGAGGGUAACUUUCUCAUAUUUAAAGGGCUUAAAUUUUAGAAUGCAGGAUAAAUGGCCUUUUUUAAAAUCAAGAAUUUUAUACAAAAAACUUCUGUUUUCAAUUUGUUACCAAAUAAGUGUGAUAUACUUUAGAAGUAAUUAUUCACUCAUGACCCUGGGUAUUAUAGCUCCUGUGGUCAUUCUUUUCAUUUUUAAAGAGUAUUUUUUUUACAUCUAACAUGUCAAUGAUUCUACUACUAAUUCAGAAACAAAGGGAUUAAUAUCAUCAUAUUUUUGCAUUUUAAGUUUUCUUAAAGUAAACGUAAAUGGAUUUUUCUUAAUUUGAAUUUCUAGUUAACGCAGUUGCGUUGCCAGUUUUUUUAAAGUUCUCAAUCUCAGACAAAAUGUACUAAAAUGUUUAAAUAGCCUUAUUCAGUGUUUCUUACAUUUCAGCAGCCAUCUGGCAUAUAGUAAGUAGGUACCAUGUGAUGACACAGGCCCUAUGGCAUUCUAAACAAACAAAAAGUGCUUCGAUUUUGUUAAAGUAUUUUACCAAGUGGAAGGCACUGCUUAGCACAUCAGUGUACUUAAUUAGUAACUCAGUGUCUAACCCUGAACCAGACUCUCCCGGUCUACAGAUGGUUCUCUCGGAGCCUUUGGAAUCUGUAUUAAUCAUGUCUUCUGCUUUUAUUCUCUUAAUCUAAAUAGAGGCUAGUCAUGUAGUUUGGUGCCCUCUCUUUUGAAGAUUUUCAGAUCAUGUUUCAGUCCCUUCUUAGUUCUGUGGUCCCUAAAGAUGUAAUGGCAGUUCUGCAUUAGAGUAUCACACAGAGAGAAUUACUGUGACUACCUGAUGAGUGAACAGUCCCAAAGUUUUACUUCAGCUGAAAGGAGUUCAAGAAUUACAAACUUUCAUUUGGUACUUAAUGUUUCACUCAAUCUGCAAAAUAUGAAGUUAUAACUGAAAUAUACAUCCAAGUGCAUGAGAAUAAUCUCUAGAUAUUAACAUUAGCUGGGGGAAAAGACUAAUAAAGUUCACAUUUGGAAGAAACUGACCCAAAGCCGGCAAAGAUAGUAUAUGUGGUUUUCACUGUGAGUUAUUGACAUAAGAUGCUUUAUUUAUAAUAUAUUUAGAAAGUUAUUGAGAGAAGAAUGCUUAAGAACUAGAUUUGGUUUUUGGAAACAGGAACAAAAUUGGGGGAAUGAUGAGGUUGUAUUGUGCUAAACAUACUCCUACAGGCUUUCAGCUGAAAUUAUGAAAGUUUAAAUUAACUUGUUCCUUUAUUUUGCCUAUACCCGUUGCAUUGUUUUCUUUCUUCCCCCCCCCCCUUUUUUUUUUAAGAAACGUGGUCUCACUAUGUUGCCCAGGCUGGCCUCAAGCUCCUCCCACUUCACCCUCUCAAAUAUCUGGGACUGUAGGUACAUAGCACUGCACCCAGCCUCCUAACUCAUUUUUGCAUGUGGGUGACGUUGGGUAUUUCUAUUUGGAAAGUCAUUAGAAAACAAAGUAGUUGAAAGCAAUUAAUGGUUCAGAUUAAACAACGAAGUGAAAUUAAACCAUUCCCCAGAUUCAACUAAGGAACACUCAACUCUGUGGAUAUUCCACCUUAGAUUAUAGAUAUGUUGAGAGAUUUUUUAACUGGUGGAACUAUUCGUGGUGAUAUAUAUAUAUAUAUUGCUUUAUAUAAAUGGAGAUGGAUAUUUCCACUAUAUCAUAAUGAUUAUAUUUUUAUGGUAGAUUAAAAAAAAACACUUCAAUAUUUUUAAAAAUAGUCACUGCAGAGAUUUCAGGUGAUAUUAUUGGAAUCUUGGUUUGGCAGUUUCUGAAAAAUGAGACUUCCUUGAAAGUAUUUAAGCAACUUCUAGUUAAGAAAGCCCCUUUUGCUAGGACCCGGGCCAGUUCCAGCUAGUAACCAAGGUUCCUAUGCACAUAAUUUACAGAGAUCUUAAAAGUCCCAACUAUGGAUUAAAGAAAACUUUUAAAGUUUUGUUUAUAAAUUUUAAAGUGCCUGGUUCAUAAACUUAAAUUCUUUAUUUCCUUUCUCUUGUAAAAUGACUAAUUUUGCCAAUUAAGCUUAAAGUCCUGGGUAUUUCUUUUUUAUUUAUUUAUUUUUUUGGUACAGAGUUCACUUUAUUACCCACAGUAGAGUGCCCUGGCAUCACACAGCUCACAGCAAGCUCUAACUCCUGGGUUUCGGCGAUUCCCUUGCCUCAGCCUCCUGAGUAACUGGGACUACAGGUGCCUGCCACAACGCCUGGCUAUUUUUUUGUUGUUAUUGCAGUUUGGCCAGGGCUGGGUUUGAACCUGGGUAGCACCCUACCCACUGAGCCACAGGCACCACCUAUUUUUUGGUUCUUGAGACAGUCUCACUUUGUCACCUUCAGUUGAGUGCUGUGGCGUCACAGCUCACAGCAACCUCAAAUUCUUGGGCUUAUUCAGUUCUCUUGCCUCAGCCUCCCAAGUACCUGGGACUACAGGUGCCCGCCACAAAACAUGGCUAUUUUUAAGAGACAAGGUCUUGCUCUGGCUUAGGCUGGUGUCCAACUCCUGAGCUCAGGCAAUCCACCCACCUCAGCCUCCCAGAGUGCUAGGAUUAUAGGUGUGAACCACUGUGCCCAGCCCUUUUGAUAGAUUUAUUGAUAAAAUUGUUGCUCAUUGGUUCAAGGAGCUAGUGUUAUGACUUGUAUUCAGUUGUCCUUUGUUUUCCAAUAUGCCAGUCUAACCUAUAUCCAGAUUUUUAUAAUUCAGUUAAACAAGUUAAAAAUCAUAUUUUAGAUCAGUUCUCAGCCUUCCUAAUGCCAUGGCCCUUUAAUGCAGUUCCUGUGGGUUGAGAGCCACUGCUGUAGAUGAAUGUUCAGGUUACCAAAGUACAUCACCUGCUGAGGAAGGGUAACUUCCUGCUUUCAGAGCAGCCUGUCAUCUCCUCUUAAUACACGUUUCCCUUGGUAUUAGUGGAAGCUGUGUUCACUUCAAGCUGUGUUCACUUUCAUACAGUUCUUAGAAACACCUGCUUUCUAAAGAAAGCCUUUUCUAUAAUUAGGUUGUGUGUGUGUGCUCUAGAUUUCCUUUUAUUUUGGUUACCAGUUAAAUUUUCAAGUUGGCAGAUGCUGUGUAAAGUCUCUCAUACUGAGAGUAGUCCAUAAAGUUGUGAAAGUUGCACUGAUUCUCGUCUUUUCAGGUACCUGAAGUGAAUGACAUCAGGUAUUUGGAAGGAGUAAGAUCGUGAAUGCUAUUCAUUUUCUUCCUUAUACAGAGUGAUGGCUUCUAAUACAUACUUAUAUUUCAAGGUAUUUUUUAAAAGAGCAACAGUCCCUGAUAGAGUAAACUUUGGUUUUGACCCAAGUUCUCGAUAAUACAUUUAAUUCUGUUGCUGCAUCAGAUGGAGAGUGCCUGCCUUUUUAUAGGGCACCUUCGUGGCACCUCGCGUGUAAUUUGGAAGAUAGUCGAUGGCUUCUUUACGCUUGUACUAUCUUUUCAAAAGCCAUUUUAUAAAAAUCCUAGGUAGCCUAUUUUAAUAUUUAAAUAUAUAUAUUUGUGAAAGAUACUUUUAGAACAGACUUUUUUUUUUUACUUUGAAAAAUUCCUGUAUUUCCAUUUGUAAGAGUAAAUUUAAACUUUUCCAGGAUUAGGAAGUGUCUUUUUCCAGAGCAGCAUGAGAAAGUCACCAGAAUUCACUGAUAAAAGAAAUUGAUGUCUGGUUAAAGGAGACAUAUUUGAAAGGAAAAUGUUUUGAUGUAACAGAAGUGAAUUUUUAAAACUGCAUUUUUGUUUCUGUAAUUUCAUAUUUGCUGCUACUAUAGCUCGGAAUUUUGCAGGGCUAACAUAGAUCUGGCUCCAUUUAAACACUGCAGCACUUUCUAGCGCAGCAGCCUAGGAGGAAACUGCACCGCGGUCUUCCAGAGGGGGGACUGAUUACUUUGUUUGGCUGAUGCAUACUUUAAUAUUUGCCUAUAGCCCAGCGGCAAGGAAUUUUUUACCCUGCUGGUUAUGGUAUGAUGAUUCUUCUUAGGCACUGGCAUUUUGUGAAGCCCUCAAGGGAGGGUAAUGCUGGAGAGAAAAUGUGCACUCAGCUGUGUAGGUGGUGUCCUUACGUCUCUGCCCCUCUCAGAACAGUACAGCUCUUGACCGUGCCAGUCCCCAGUUCACCAGCCGUGUUUCCAGUCAUCAUCUUAACUCAAGUAUGGCUUCACUUGGUGACAGUGGCUAUAGUUAAGUUACUUGGCAUGUUUGACUUUCGACAAUAACAAAAACAAUUUUGGAUUUUAUUUCCUUAAAAUGUACACAAUGUCAGAACUUCACAUUUUAUAUACUAGUAUCUGGCUAUUAGUAUUUUACAGGAACCAUAGUUCUUGGUGACUAUAUAUAUAUAUUUUUGUGACUUUUUUGUAAACUAAGUGCCGUUUCAACGUUACAAUCAUUUUUAGAGUUACUGUAAUCAAUGUGAAUAUCAUGUUUUCUCAAAUCUGUUCUGAGCCUAUAGUGUUUGCUUUGUGAACAUAUGUGUAUUGUAUAUAUUCUGUAUAGUUACGUUGUACUGAAAUAUUAGCCUGUUUGAUAUAAGGAAAGUAUGUAUUGAGUACCUUUUUGCUAGCUUGAUUGUUUAAUCUUUUUAAAAAAGGUUUAAACUUUAAAAAAAUCUUUAAACUGACCUUUAUUACAUGGUCACAAAUAAAGUUGCAGUUGGAAGGGUGGGCAGGGAGAAGCUAGUUUUGAGUGUCUUUGAUGGAAACAUGAGACUAAGAUUUGUUUUGUUUUCUCAUUAAAAUACCUUAAUGCUUUAUGGAAUAAAA